AUACCUCGCGGAUCUUGACAUCUCCGUCUCCGGCUCCCAUCCUCGGGGGCGGCCUGACCGACGACCUCCAGCCAACCGCACCCCUCUGUGACGAGCCCCCCGCCUCGCUCCAAGACGUGGGCAGGCGACGGCUCCGUAGCCACUUUGCCACAUAAGCCACUUUGGGGUCCCCACCCCACCAGAGACCGUACAGGUGCGCACAGGCGGCCUCACCGCCGAACAAGAAACCAAAACACCGCGGCCCGCCGCAACGAUGGCCUCCCUCGGGCUCUGCGCCGUGGCCUGCGCCGUGGCCUCGCUCCGCGCCGCGGCGCUGACGCUGCCGCAGCACGAGCCAGAGCCGCUGAGCCUCGCCCAGGCGAGCCCGGAGCACCCCAUUGGCGACCCGAGGCCGGCGGACCUUGCCCGCUGGUCCAGCGGCCCUCUGACCGUGGAGGCCAGCACGCUCCACCACGCGGAGGUCCGGAGCCUCGUGGGCGGCUACAACCUCAGCAUCGCCGCGUUCGAUCGCUGGGCGGACUCGAUGGUCUCCGCCGAGCUCCUCGCGGGGAACGGGUGGGAGACCAGGCGCGUCUCCGAGCUGUGCCGCCUCUACCGCGAGGGAGGCGCCGUCGGCAACUUCCUCGAUGUCGGGGCAAACAUCGGCACCUUCACCAUCCCGCUGGCGGAUUGCCUCUCGGGCAGCGGGAGGGUGCUGGCGGUGGAGGGGAUGCCGCCCACCGCCGAUCACCUCGUGGCGGGCAUUUUGGAGAGCAAGCUCAAAAACGUGGACGUCUACACCUACGCCGUGGGCGCGCCCGAGGAUCCCAAGCGGGUGGUCAUGUCGCUCAACCCUGUCAACAAGGGCGGCUCGGCCGUCCAGGGCACCAAGCCGUUCACGAACAUGACCGACGACCAGUUGCAGCACCUGUUCCAUCCGGGGAAGAAGGAACAGAAGUACGCCAAGAAGGUUGUCGUGGAGGAGUUUUCGGUACAGCUCACUACUGGUGACCACAUGCUCUGGCACAACCCAGGAAUGAAGGCCAUCGCGAUCGCCAAGGUCGACAUCGAGGGUUAUGAGGGGAGGUUCAUCAGGGGCGCGCAGCAGCUGUUCUCCAAGUACCCCCCGUGCUUCAUGACCAUCGAGCUGAUUCCAGAGUGGCUCGAGCGCGCUGGCACGCCAGUGCAGGAGAUUCUGGACCAGCUGACCCGCUGGGACUACAAGAACGUUCCCACGCUCGACGAGCUCAGGAGGCCGACCACAGACAGCAAGACCCGGACCGUGGAGCAGAGGGACAUGGCGAAGUGCAUGCAGCGCGUAAGGUCCUACGCUUCUCAGCAGUGAGCCUGUCACCCGCAGGAAUGCGAAGGCAGCCGCGCUUCGCGGGGAAGGCCGGCGAGUCGUUUCUCUCCAGAGGGGCGGCGCGAGGCCCGUUUUCAAGGAUCGCGAUUGGCGCCUCGCGCGGCGCAAGGCGCGACGUCAGGUGACUUAGGGUAGGCUGGAUGGCUGCGUUGAGCCCCAGCUUCCGAACUAGGCGUCCCUCCCCAGUAGACCCCCGACAAAAGCAA